ACAUAUAGAGUUAUGAUGGGAAUUGUUUCUGUUUCUCUCUUAGUCACUCUACAUUAGCCUAUGGUUUUGUCUUACUCAAGUGAGAUAUCUCUGAAUUAUUGAAUUAUUCUGGGCCAUAAAGUAUAGCACUGUUAUGGCGUCCCAGUUUGGAAUAAGUAAAGCAGAGAUCCUCGAGAUGAGCAGUGUCCUGCAGUCCCGUGUAGUCACUGAUGCUGUGGCCCAGGUGGAAGGUAUGCUUCAGCAGAUGGAUUCUUCGACACUGAACAUUGCUGUGACUGGAGAGUCAGGUGCAGGCAAAUCAGCGUUCAUUAAUGCGUUCCGUGGGGUUGCUGAUGAUGGACCUGAAGCAGCAGACACGGGUGUAACAGAAACCACACAAGAGCCCGUGGCAUACUCACAUCCCAGUGCUCGGAAUGUCACGUUGUGGGAUCUGCCAGGGAUUAAGACUAGCUCUUUCCAGCCUAGGACCUACCUGAAGGAUGUUGACCUUCUAAAAUAUGACUUCUUCAUUAUUGUCACGUCUGAUCGUUUUCAAGAGUGCCAUUCUGCACUGGCAAAAAGUAUAAUACAAGCUCAUAAGAAGUUCUACUUCAUCAGGAACAAAGUGGACCGGGAUUUGGAGGCAAACGCCAAGCGCAGGAAAAAAGGGGGUUUAUUGGACUCUGAGGUCUUGAGCCUACUUCGUACCGACUGUGAGAAGAACUUGAGAACAUGUCAAGUGGAUGAACCACGGGUUUUCCUGAUUUCCUGCUUCCACCCACAGUGCUAUGACUUUGCUGCCCUCCAAAUGACCUUGCUGGAGGAGGUGGAGGGCCACAAACGACAUGCCCUGCUCUUGUCACUACCCAACCUCAGCACAGCAUUAAUACAAAGCAAGAGGGAGGCACUAGCUGGGGCAGUGUGGAAGAGAGCCAUGGGGGCCUGCUUGAGCGGUCUCACUGGGGUUAACGCUUCCCAUUCCAUCAUUGCCAAACUGAUGGACACACUGAAGUCUUAUCAGCAGAUAUUCUGCCUGGAUGUUGACUCUCUGCAUCGAUUAGCCAGCAUUACAGAUAUAUCAUUUGAGGAACUUCAGGGUGAGGUGACCUCCACCUUUGGCAAAGACCUGUCAGCACAUACAUUGGAAGGUUUGCUUUCCCAGGUAGCCUCAGCACAGCACAUGCUGGCUAAUCAACUGGAGAAAAUGGUCCCAAUUCUGGGCACUGUCAUUUCAGGUGGGAUUUCCUUUGUGGGUUCCUACUUCCUGUUGAAUUCUGCACUAAAGGAACUAAGUCAAGAUGGAGAAAGAGUGAUGCAGAAAGUCUUCCUUAACUCUGUUUCCAAACACACAAAUUAACCUGACUACAGGGAUGACUGUGACUAGUUCAAUAAAGAGCACUUCUCUUUUGUCUAAAACUUUUAAAAAUAGCUUGACUGCAACUCACAUUAUCUUUGUCAAUCAGGUUACUUUCACCCUUUAGGUUUUAUGAACAUGUUCUUCUGCCACAAGGUUUAUUUUCCUAUUUUUGGCAUCUAACUCUAGGGUUGAUGUGACAUAGGGGAGUGAUGCAGGAUGCAGCAGCAGCCGAACAAUAGUACACAUGAGGUCAGACACAGACAAACAAUGACGAAGGACACAAGGACUUAAAUAUACAUGUUAGUUACGACUAACAAGGGACAGGUGUUAAUGAAGGAGGGGCUUGUCCACGUAGACUUUCUCUCUCUGUCUCUCUCUCUCUCACACACACACACACACACACACACACACAAGAUAAACAUCAACAAGACAUCACACAGACAAGGGGAAGAGUCAUGGAGGAAAGGGCUGUGCUGUGACAGGUGACGUGUUCAUUAAGAAAAAAGCUCUAUAAAGUACUAAAAUAGUAAUUUAACCACAUCAGAAAGGUGUAAAAGUGAUAUUUCAGGUUACAGUAUGUAAACAUACAAAGGGAAAUGUAAAUUUGAUAUAUUAUUACUAUGACUACAUCACCACUGUAACUCUACAUCUUAUCUACACUCCAGCAAAGAGUACAUUUUUUAUAUGGUUGUGGCUGCUGUCACGGGACGCUCUCCUCCCGCGAGUCAUGUGGUUUGGCCCGCCACGUGCAGUGGUUGGGCUGUUUUUGUAACCACACCUGCACCUUGU